AUGCCGGAAGAAACAGAAAAAACUACAUUAGAAGAACAAAUUUCUAAUACUCAACUGAUUAUAGAAGACCCAGUAGCAAUAAAUCAAAUGACACCUAACUUAUUAGUUUCUCAAUCAUGUCAUGAAUCAAACAUAUCAA